AUGCUGCGGGAGGCCAGGGCGCCCGACAUCGCGCCGACCCCGGCGAUCCCUCCGCCUGGGCCGAUCUGCCAGGUUCCGCUGGAGUGGGGCCGUCCAGAUUGCCCCGAGGUGCCGUCCUGCCCGCCCUGCCCGAAGCGCCCCGCGCUGGAGGCAGACGGGCCGAGCGUGCUGGAGCAAGAGGCAGGCCGCCUCGAGAUGUCGCUGCUGAUGUUCGAGGAGGGCGGGGCGUGGUGGAGUGACCUGAAGCCGGGCCAGACCAUCGGGGUGCAGCACCGUGGCGAUGGCAUCGACCACGAGCGCUUGCUGUUGCACCCGUGUACUAAAGAGGAGGACGUCUGGUACUUCGACGAGCACCCAGAGGCCGUGGCGGUGGGUUCGGACGCGGACGUCAUCAUGACCUACCCGUUGCCUGAUGUCGGGUCGAAGCCCGAUUGGCUCACGAGGAAGUUGUACCGCUUCCGCGUCUGCCCUGACCGUAGCGAGCUGGCGGCCAUGAUCAAGCGCGGCUACCGGGCGGCCGUGAAGUACGACACGGGCGGCUCACCGCCUGCGUUGGAGGACGUGCUGCCGCCGACGGGCGACGAGAUCGCGAUCGGCGAGCUGAUCCCAGGCUGGCCUAGGUCCGCGCGCAGGGUGCGGGGCAAGCAGCGCGAGGCUGCUGGCGCCGGCGGCGCGGGCCCCCCGUCGCCGCCGCCUGCCGAGGAGCCGCCCGCUGCGCGGGCCGACUCUGCAGAGCUGCUGCCUGGCCUCCGCUGGUAUGCGAUGGGCUACAGCAGCACGCUCUCGCCUGGCGACGCAGCCGCCUUGGACGGGCAGACCUUCGUUCGAGCGGGAGCCAGCGACGCGCCGUUGCUGGGCGGGGCCAAGUACGCGCACUGCUUGGCGACGAAGCCGGAAGCAGUGCCUGACGUCGUCGCCAUGGAGCGUCGCCGCUGGCAGCCCUGCGAG